UUAAAACCGCGAUACAAAUAAACUUGACAGUAUUAUUCAAUUAAAAGACGGACACUGUAAAUGUUCAGUCAUGGAGUUUGGUUAUCCAGUGUAUGAGCGGCUGUGAAUCGAUUCACUGAAACGGGCUGUUCAGAGGAGUCGGCUCAGUGAAGUGAAUCGGACCGCCCAUGCUGACGGAGGGAGAGCAGACUUUGUUCCUCCUGCUCUGGGGGGCGGAGCUUCUCUGCUCGGUUGUUAGGGAAGAGUCUAGUUGUUAGGGAACAGUGUCUUCUCGCUCUUUGUUGCCUUUAUUUUAUUAUUGUUAUUAUUGUGAGCGUGAAUAAUGCGGGGCGCAGCAUGAACCGGAACCAGGAGGCAGCGGGAGUGGUUCUGACCGGCUACAGCAGCAGCAGCAGCGAGGCGUUCUGUCCGGCUGCGUGUGGGAGCCCCGGGGACGAGCCUGAAGCUCCGGGACCGAGUCGAAAGCCGGCUCACUAUAAUGUGCAGCGGACGCGAGCGGCGACAGCAAGCACCAAGCCGCCAUACCAGCGCUGCAGCUCUCAGGACUCACUGGACGAGAUGGCCAUGGACGACUACUGGAAGGAGAUGGAGAUCAUCCAGCACAGCGGAGACGCCGAGCCUCACGACGAGGUGCAGCUCAAAGUCGCCGAUGAGGGCGAGCGGGAAGAGGCGUGGCUGACGGAGGCAGGUCUUGCGACGCUGUUUGACGAGUCGGUAUCGGACGACGACGACGGCAAGGUCCUACUGUCCACCCUCACGCGAACGCAAGCGGCCGCCGUACACAAGCGCCUGGAGACUCUGCGUAAACGCAACAAACCCCACAGCGUCCCCGACGUCAGGGACAUCUUCAAACCCCUGGACACUAAGGAUGAUGAGUCCACAUCCAGAGGAGGAAGUGAAAACACAAAAAAGGAAGAAGAAACCUUGUCUGGAUUGGGCGUGGCCAUAGGAAACGGCGAGGGCGUGGCUGACACAGAGACGGACAUCAACCAAGAGGUGUCGUUCUCUGAGCAGGCUCUGACCUACAAGGAGGGGUCAAAGGUCAUGCCACCUGUUGACGAGGCUGACGACAGGUUACCUGAUUUCAGGGUAGUGAGAGAUAAGACAGGAAUGACUAAAGUGGGCGAUCUCUCCCCAGCCGACAUGAAGAAAGUUCGCCGGCUCGUCCUGAUCGAGGUGAGCGCGCUGUUCGACACAGUCAGCAUCGACCUCAAGACCCACAAAGCUCUCAAGAUAAAGGUCAAAGAGUCGGGAUUGUUUGGGGUUCCUUUGACAACGCUGCUAGAACAGGACCAAAAGAUGAUACCUGGUACCCGGGUGCCAAUCAUACUGCAGCGGCUAAUUUCCCACAUAGAAGUGGAGGGGCUGGACACUGAGGGGAUUCUACGGGUCCCUGGAGCAGCCACCAGGGUGAAGGCUGUGUGUCAGGAGCUGGAACUGAAGUUCUAUGACGGCUUGUUUACCUGGGAGUCUCUUAAGCAGCACGACGCAGCGAGCGUGCUCAAACUCUUCAUCAGAGAGCUUCCUCAUCCUCUCCUGACCGUCGAGUACUUCAGCGCUUUCUUCUCCGUGCUUAAAUUCCCGACAAAAAAGCAACAGCUGCAGGCUCUCAAUCUGCUCGUGCUCCUUCUGCCGGCGCCCAGCAGAGACACGCUCAAGGCGCUGUUGGAGUUCCUCCAGCGAGUCAUCGACCACAAGGAGCGCAACAAAAUGACCCUGAAUAACGUAGCCAUGGUGAUGGCGCCCAACAUCUUCAUGUUUAAAGGCUUCCGGAGCAAAAUAACUGAGCAGCAGGAGUUCACCAUGGCAGCGGGCAUGGCGAACAUCGUCAGGCUGCUCAUACGAUACCAGGACCUGCUCUGGACCAUCCCGAAGUUUGUGAUGACGCAGGUGCGGAAACAGAACAUGGAGAGAAAGAUGAACCGAGAACGGGCGGUGAAAAAACUGCUGAAGAAAAUGGCCUACGAUCGUGAGAGGAACAGCGAUAAAGUGGAGAAAAACACAGAGGUGGACGGAGGCUUCAUCAGGGUCCAGGCUCCGCAGUUCUCAAAGGUCUCCAUGACGGUGGAGCUGACUGAAGAUCUCCGAGCGUCUGACGUCCUCAAACGCUUCCUCAGCCAGAAGAGCUCAGUACUGGUGAAAAGAGAGGAUCUGUAUCUGUACGAGAUCGGAGGGAACAUCAAGGAGCGCUGUCUGGAUGAAGAGACGUACAUGAAGGCCCUCCUGGAGCUCAACCCCACAGCUGAGUGGGUCAUCAAAUCCGUCCACCGCUAAUGUUCUCUCUACGACCUGCCAAUCAAGCAGCUGACCAAUCACAGGACGAGCAUGAGAUUAAAGGGAAAGUGCCACUUCUUCCACUCUCCGUCUUUCCAUCACUCUGCAGGCUGGAUGAAACCGAGUCUGCUUUGCAUUACGAAGCUGUAUGGGCGUCGACUUGGGAAUGUGAUUUUUUUUUUUUUUUAAAUGAGAAAUUUGUGCUUUAAUACAAUACAAACACGACGGAUCAGCAAACCGGUGAAGUGAAGAAAUGGGAGAAACAGGAGAAAUAAUCAGCGCUACAAAUUAUCAAUUUUGCUUUUUUUAUGCACGACUGAAUACUGUUUUGUUUUUUUUUUGCAUAUGUAUAGAUCUAAGAAAUCAUCAGACUGACAGCUAACCUUUAGCAGUACUGUACCGACUACAGCAGGAACAUACAGCCAAAAAAACGGUAUAUCAGGAGAUCUUUAAAACACUGACAUUGGUAUCGCUGUAUAUCAACGUACAUGUUUUUUUUAGAAAGUACACAAAGUGGGCGUUUCUCGAUAUUGCGGGUGAUUUUACUUUCAAUUCUUUUCAACUGCAAAAGAAAUUUUGAAAUGUGUACUAAUACAGAUUAGGGCUGUGACGAUGCAUUGAUGUAAAUAAAACUCAACAUAUAA